AUGCAUUUAACUAUAUCAAAUGAAAUUACCGGGCAAAUCUAUGGUCCCAUCGAAAUCAAUGAUGAUAUGAAACUAGAGGACUUAAUAGCCUUGCUUGAAGUAGAAUGUCAGUUUGAUCCUUUGAAAAAUGAUCUAUAUAUAAAUAUGGACAUUUUAGAUUUAAAUAAAUCUAAAAAUAAAAUUUUAUCUGAAAUAGGUCUCCACAACGAUGAACUAUUAUUAAUAAAAAAUAAAAUACAAACAAACAAUAAUCCAAACAAUUCCAUCAUUCCACCUGGGAACUUGGACAAUAGAAAAUAUGUGGAAGAAUUCAGGAAACAAUUAAAUAUGAGCCAACCUAUGAGACAACAGUUAGUAACACAGAUGCCUGAACUAGAUUCCAUAUUAAAUGAUUCAAAUCUUUUCUAUGAAAGAAUGGGGCCAAUAAUAUUACAGAGAAGGUACGGUGGUUUUUAUCAGCAAUCAUUGAAUCCCUUUGGUAUUCCACAAGAUGAAUAUAAUAAAUUGAUGAGUAACCCAGAUAAUCCAAUUAAUCAAAAAAGAAUCAAUGAAUUAAUUGACCAACAAGCUAUAGAUGAGCAAUUAAGAAAUGCUUAUGAACAUACCCCUGAAGUAUUUACUACUGUAAGUAUGCUAUAUAUUAACCUAGAAAUUAAUGGGCAUCCUGUGAAAGCUUUUGUCGAUACAGGUGCACAAAUGACUAUAAUGUCAACUAGAUUAGCUGAAGCGACUGGGCUCAGUAAGCUGAUCGAUAGACGGUUUAUAGGUGAAGUUAGAGGUGUAGGCAGAGGUAAAAUCAUUGGUAGGAUUCAUCAAGCACAGAUAAAGAUCGAAACACAAUACAUUUGCAACAGUUUUGUGGUAUUAGAUACUGAAAUUGAUGUCUUGAUUGGACUUGACAUGCUGAAAAGACACCAAGCUUGUAUUGAUUUAGCUAAAAAUGUUUUAAGGAUUGCAGGAAUUGAAACAAGAUUUUUAAGUGAAGCUGAGAUUCCGAAAGGUUUUGAAAAUGAAGUUAAACAAACCGCCUCAAAAACUUUGUCUAAACCAACAACCAUACCUAAUUCAACAUCCACUGGGGGCUCUGUUUUGGUCAACAACACAAACAAUACAAGCAACGUUAAUGACCAUAAUAAUAUUCCAAUACAACAGUUCCCAAGAAACAAUAAUAUCAGUAAUAUGAAAUCUGGUAUUAGUGGUCAAUCAAGAAACAAUAUACUGUCUAAUAUGAAUUUUCCGGAAUCGAUAGUAAAACAAUUAAUGGAUUUAGGCUUUUCAAGAAACGAAGUUAUACGAGCUUUGAGGACUACUGGUGGUAAUGCUGAAUAUGCUGCAGCUUUACUUUUUCAAUAA